GAGAGAGGGAGGGAGGUUCCUAGCAGCUGGGAGCUAUUUUACCACGUGACAGCAGGGCUGUUUGUAGCAGCCAUCAUAUUACCCAACACAAGCCCAACCUAAAAAAGGAGAGGAGCAGAGAGAAGCAGAGGGACGAGGCGGAGAGAGAGAGUCAUGGCUUUGCACAGGAAUACCGUUUGAAAGAAGCUCCUGUCUCCGCCGCUUUGCCUUGGUUCAGCUAGCCUGUGUAGUCUACGUGAAGUUCAGGUAAGCCUGUGAGCUGAACAAGCACCUGCUUUGACCCAGUUUCCUGGCAACCCCUGACCUAGAAAGAGGAAGCUUUGCUGGACUGGUUGGCAGAGGAGCUGUGGUGAAGGAGGAGAACCCCAGCUGUUCCCUGUUUGGCUGUUCCUUGCUGUGUUUCUAAGGAGGGGGACACAAGGUGUUGUCUAAAGUGUCCAUAGCAUGGGGCAGAAGGUUCCGGGAGGCAUAAAGACGGUGGACAUGCGGGACCCUGCGUUUCGGCCCCUCAAGCUGGAGCUGCAGGCCCUGGACUACACUAAACCCUCCCGAUUAGAUAUGCUGCUUGACAUGCCUCCUGCCACUGGUGAGGUGCAGGUGCAGCACUCGUGGAACAAUGACGACCGGUCGUUAAACAUCUUCGUCAAAGAGGACAAUAAGCUAAUUUUCCACAGGCAUCCGGUGGCACAGAGCACAGACGCCAUCCGUGGCCGUGUGGGCUACACGCGGGGGCUGCAUGUGUGGGAGAUCAGCUGGGCCAUGCGGCAGCGGGGGACGCAUGCUGUGGUCGGUGUGGCGACAGGGGAGGCGCCGUUGCACUCUGUAGGAUACACUGCGCUGGUAGGAAAUAACAACGAGUCCUGGGGCUGGGACCUGGGACGCAACAAACUCUAUCACGAUGGCAAAAACCAGCCUAGUAGAACCUAUCCCGCCUUCCUAGAGCCAGAUGAGACGUUUAUCGUCCCUGACUCUUUUCUGGUGGUUUUGGACAUGGACGAGGGGACGCUUAGCUUCAUAGUGGAUGGACAGUAUCUUGGGGUGGCUUUCCGAGGACUUAAAGGUAGAAAGCUGUACCCUGUAGUAAGCGCUGUGUGGGGACAUUGUGAAAUCAGAAUCCGGUACAUCAAUGGACUCGAUCCUGAGCCCCUGCCUCUGAUGGACCUGUGCAGACGCUCAGUGAGAGUAGCGUUGGGCCGGGAACGACUGAGUGAAAUACAUGGACUUCCCUUACCAGUCUCCCUCAAGAACUACCUGCUCUACCAAUGAUGAUAGGAGUGCCUUUUCAACGGUGCAAGGCAAAGCGCUCAUUCUCUCUGGGAUAACUCUCUCUCUCCUUUUUCCUAAAGGACCUGUUUCUUAACUGCGUUUCUCCUCACUUGGAUUUUGGUACAAGACUUGUUGCUAAGGACGUUGUCCGUUUUUACCAGUCGCACCAAGGACGCCUCUAUCUCACGUUUGAAGUGUUUACGGUCACGUUUUGGCGUCUCUUUGGUUACUUUUUAAAACCCUCGUUUUUGUGGCUCGCUUCAGUCAUGUACUGGAAACACAAUGGGAGACGUACAGAACCCUGUGGCAUGAGCUGGCCCGGAUGAGAAGAAUGUGUCUGUAUGGCUGGAUGGAGAAGUGCAACGAGUUCGGAACAUCAGCUGUUUUUGCCUUCGCUGCCUGUAGUUUCCUCCCUUCUUCAGGCUUUUUUAACUAGAGCUACAUGGUGGCACAUUUUUCCAGGUUUACCUUUCGAAUGCUGGAUGUGGAAUCAGGUUGCUGCAGUGUUUUUAGAACGGGUUUAACUGGGCAGCAGUUAAUAAUUCAGCUUUUCACUUUCAGUCAGUCGUGUAUGAAGAAGUUGGAUGUUAAUGAAUGCAGAGUUACUGGGCAUGAAUUAUGAAUCUGUUUUUAAGUGAAGUUUUUAAUCAUCUGCUCAUUCGUUCCCUUUUAGAAUUCGUAGAAUUGAUGCAGCUAAAUAUGAGGUUGAAGACAGAGAGCUCUUUUUAGAAGAAUGCAAAUAUAAGUUGACUCAUGAAACAGACUGGGUGCGUGGCAAUGGCUUUCCCCCCUCUUGCUGCUGGCAGGUUAAAUAUAGCUUGGUGUUAGCUCACUGCAGGCCUGGCCGUCUGGCCUGGGGAAACAAGCUCUGACCUCAGUGUCUAUAACGGGGUUGAGAAACUAGCACAUACGGCAUUAGGAACCACAGCUAGCCUGCCAGCAUCGCUUCUAAAGCUAGCCGGGCCUCUUCUCCAUUAAUUAACACUGUAAUAUCUGAAGUGCCUGCCCAUGUGAAAAUGGUGCAUUGUUUAGAGAGAGCCAUGAUUUUAAAUGAAUUGAACAAUGGCGUCACUGUGAAACUGUGUAGCAUUCACAAAUGAUCCUCACUGCAGCAGGCUGUUUGGCUGUCAGUCUUUUAUCAUUGCCCUCAGAUCCAGUGUCUGUAUAACUGUAAUGUUCAUACAUCUUAUUUAAUUUUUUUUUCCACCAGUUUUUCAUAAAUGCUGUUUUCAACCUGUUCAUGUAGUUGAGGUAGUGUGGUAGGCUGAGGAGGAGGAUGAGGGACCAUGGCCCAGAUGUCAUGUGCAUGUUUAGUGACACUACUACUGUACUGUGCCUUGUCUGAGAACUAGCCAUUGAACGACACUCCCUAUGUCAAUAGGUAAAGUGAUUUUAUACACAUCCCAUACGGAGAUUCAGUGCAGAGAAGGUAACAUUGCUUCAGUGGUGUUUGUGGUUUUUUUUUUUUUUUUUUGCUUCUUUUCUCCCCAUAAGUCAUGUUUUUUUUUUUGUUUGUUUUUUUAAGAUGUGCUAAUGUAGUUCAUGCUUGGCCUCCAUUUAGCUGGGCGAUGUUCAGCUCUCUGUUCUCGUAUUCUUCCUGCCUGCAGACCAUCAUCCUCUUUGUAUUUAGUGAUGUAGAUAAUAUUGUUAACUAUCUAAUAAAGUUUAUUAUAAAUAA